AUGAUGCGCUUGACGGUUCAAAGCUGGCUGGCGAUAGGUCAGCAUGCAACUGGCAAUUUUGCCCAUCUCCCCGCAAGCCCAUUGGCUGAAGGCUGGCUUGAUGCUGAUUGGCUGUUGUGCGGCUCGACCAAUGAGCGUCCAGUGCUCCACACCUGCCCAAAGUUGAACAGCCGACGGUGUCUACGGCCGGUCAUGAACCUGACGCCCAGGUCGUCUGGAUUGAGUCCAGCUCGACGAUGGUCCUUGGGCUAUCGAAAUCUCGACAGGAUUUCCCUCACAGAAAUGAUGCCCUGCGCGGCCGUGGCCUCUUUGGCCAGCCAGCCUCCGAGGGAUUGGCCGGCAAACCAGCCCAGCUGCAACCUGUCCUCUGUCGGCUUGUCGCCGGGCCGACACAUGUUCCGGCUGCGUCGAAUGGUACCGGUCGAGCGUCUCAUCUCCAGCCCCAGAUUGGCCCGAGUGCGUCGGCCAUCUCGGCCGGAGGAGCAAUUGUUGGCCGACCGAGCGUCGUCGGCCAGCUCGAACGGAUCCGCAGCCGACGCAGCCGACUCGAACAUUCGUUCGUGGACAACCGAGGUCGACAGUCCCACCGCCAGGACAGACCGUCUUCCGGCGCCGGCCCAGAACCGAGCCCCAACACGAAAUCGGACCCAAGCCCGAACCCCGACUUUCGAUUGCGAGACCGCGACCGAUGCCCUAACCGGAGUCGCAACCGCAAUCGUAACCGUAACCGAAAGUGUAAAUAAAAGUGAAAGCGGCAAUGGACAUGAAAACGAAACCGGAACUCAAAUCGAAACCGAAACUGAAACCGAAAGAGCAAGUGGUACCGAUACCGCAACCGCAACCGCAACCGCAACCAAAACGGGAACCGGAACCGGAACGCAAAGUCGCUGCGUCGACGCGUCACGUGACGAGCUGGCAGCUCGACUGAUUCCUCUCCGACUGCAGGCGCCGUCGAAUGAGUCCACGCCGAAGGGGUCCAUUGCCAGCAGAAGCGUCGGCAACGGUGCUCGCCUCAACAGCCUCCUUUCGCCUCGCGACGUUAAACGACGUCUCGCCUGGGCGCUCAACCUGCAAAAGGCGCCGGAAAGCAAGAGUGUCUCAGCAGACGGAAUAUUGCGCAAGAGGCUGGACGAAUGGAGGGAGAAUAGGUACCGAAACCACGCAGUAAGUUGGUGCUACGCUCAGAUGAGCCGGAAAUUGAUGCAAACAUAUUCAGGAUUGGUAGGUCGUGUGACAAAAUAA